CAGGUGCCCCAGAGGGAGUGAACCGAACAGGUCCCCGUGCUUCGUGUGGCGCCCCCUGUCCCCUAGGAUGAGUAACUGCAGCAGCCGCGCGCUGACGCUGCUCAGUAGCGUGUUCGGGGCGUGCGGGCUGCUUCUGGUGGGCAUCGCCGUCAGCACCGACUACUGGCUCUACAUGGAGGAGGGCAUCGUGUUGCAGCAGAACCAGACCACCGAGAUCAAAAUGGCUCUGCACGCCGGGCUCUGGAGGGUCUGCUUCUUCGCUGGGGAAGAGAGAGGCUGAGAGAGGGGAGGGCAACUGUUUUUUGGGGGACAGGGAUGGAGGAGGUGGGAGGGGGGCAGCGGGAAGCUGGGAGGGGACAUGAUGUCUGGUGUCCCUACCCCAGAGACAGUUCGCACGGCUACCCCAUUCCCCAUGGUCAGCCUCUUCCUUGUCUUCACGGCCUUCGUCAUCAGCAACAUCGGCCACAUCCGGCCCCAGAGAACCUGCCUCUCAGCAGCUUUCUCAUUGGCCCUGAUUCUUCCAGGCCUGUCUCUCGUGGUGGGAUUAGUUCUCUACAUCUCCAGCAUCAACGAUGAGGUGAUGAAUCGGCCCAGCGGGUCGGAGCAGUAUUUCCACUACCGCUAUGGCUGGUCCUUCGCCUUCGCAGCCUCCUCCUUCCUGCUCAAAGAGGGCGCCGGCGUGAUGUCUGUGUACCUAUUCACCAAGCGCUAUGCAGAGGAGGAGAUGUACCGCCCCCACCCGGCCUUCUACCGCCCACGCCUGAGCGACUGCUCCGACUACUCGGGCCAGUUCCUGCACCCGGAGGUGUGGCACCGCGGGCGCAGCCCCUCCGACAUCUCCAGCGACGUCUCCAUCCAGAUGACCCAGAACUACCCGCCCGCCAUCAAGUACCCUGAGCAUAUGCAUAUAUCCACCUCGCCCUGCUAAGCCAGUCCCCUCAACCUUCCCCCAAAGACUGCAGUGGGGGCCACCCGCGUGGAUCACAGACUGGGUGCUACUGGACUGAAACCCCUCCUUGUCCCCCCCCUUUCUCGCUCUCCCUGCGCCAUCCCCGGAGGCCUCCCCCAUUUGGCCAUUUUGGCGGGAUUCCGGAGAGGAAGUCGCUCCAUUGGCCAUGAUUGUAGCCAUGGGAGCUUGGUGGAUUUGACAGGAAGUCAUCCCGUCAGCCAUGUCGGUUGCCAUGGGAGUUUGGUGGCAUUCCCAACAGGAAGUCACCUUGGCGACCAUUUUGGUCGCCACCAUGGGAACUUGGCAGGACUCCCAACAGGAGGUCAUCGUGUUGGCCAUUUUGAUAGCCAUGGUGGAUUCCUGACAGGAAGUCACCCCAUCGGCCAUGUUGCUAGCCCUGGGAGCUUGGUGGAUUCCUGACAGGAAGUCACCUUGUCGGCCAUUUUGGUAGCCAUGGGAAUGACAGGAAUUCACAUUGUCAGCCAUUUUGGUAGCCAUGGAAACUUGGCAGGAUUGUGACAGGAAGUUACCUUGCCGGCCAAUUUGGUAGCCAUGGGCAGGUGGCAGGGCUCCUCCAACAGGAAGUCAUCCUGUCAACCUUUUGGUAGCCAUCAUUGGCCCAGCACCAAAUACAUUUUUUGUCCCCACAAAGUCCAAGUCCUGAUGGGAAGUCCCUUUCUCUCUCCCUGCUCCAGUCCCUUCCCCCCAGAGCCAGACAGGAAGUGGCUCCUCCGCCAUCUUUUUUUGCCCCAUAAUGGCCAACCCCAGACAGAGAGCUGCCCAUCCUCCAUUCUGGUUCUCAUUACACAAGCUCUAGCCAUGGAGGCUGAGAGGAAAUGGCUGCUAGAGCUAUUCCCCCCCCCU